CAAAAAAUACGUAGGAUACUUCUUUCUUCUUCAAUUAGACUGGAGCACUUUCAAAGCUAUCCAUCUUACUUUCAAGAGCCACAAUUGAUAAUGCACUGCAUUAGAAGCUUUUUGAAGGAAGACUGCAUACUUUGUCGGUAGGGUGGCAAAGAUCAAAAGAGGUGAAAAUGGCACGAAAGAAGGCUCAAGGUAAUCGCUUAAUUGCGCCAGGAUCCAACACAGAACCAAUUGUGAUCAAUCGAGAUGAGCCAAUCACUAUAGUAGAAGACAAAGAAGCAAAUGAUCCGGCGUCCAUAUUUCCAGUGCAGUUAAAACAUUUGACCAGUCCAUCCUCCAACUCGACCAUUGAUCCUAUUGCCACUUUGCAACGUGUAGAUUUGGCAGAAGUAGAAUACGAAGAUUGCACCGCAUACAUCAACCUUGAUUCACUCAUUUCACAUUCUCAUCAUGUCGAGAGAGCUGAAGCAAAGGACAUUGAUUCAGUCGAUGCAGCACUUGGAUCAGUGAAGAAAGAAAAUGGUGAAAGUAGCUCACAAGUCGUAAACGGAGCAAAUUUAAAGAGGGAAUUGUCUCCAUCCUUUGAAGUGACUUCGAUCAAACGUGCAAAGACUGAACACAAUGAGCAGAUGUUUAUAUCCACUGCAUGUCGUUUUGAGGUAUUGAUGAGGAACAACAACGAUAAGAAUAUGGCUCGAAAAUUGAAGAGUAGAAUGUCACGUCUCGCAUCCAACCAUCGUAUCUCAGCGGUUGAUUCGAUCGGUCGGAUCAUAUAUGAACCGCUCCCAAAGAAUAGAUCGAACGACGGCCUUAUAUGUGCAUUUAUUCGAGUUCAGAACACGAGUGGGACGACGAUCGCUCACUUACCUAUCCUGGACAGUAGCCGGGUAUCCGAUGCAACUCAAGAAAUUCACCGCUACUCCAAUGGUCCUUGGCUGGAGUCUCUGUGUCUCCUUUCCGGUGGAGAAGUGAACAAACCUUUCUCUAGAAAAACGCUUAUACGGACAGAAGCAAGACUUGACAUGGUCUUUGAUGGACCAACAGGAUUCUGUGACAGCUUUGAGGAAGCAUUCGUUCUGGAACUGCGUUUGCGAGUGUUCCUACGUUCAGAUUUACAAAACGCUGUUUGGACGCUUGAAAAUGCAGUGCAAGCUGAACAUUUUGAUCGUCUGAUCCAUUUUGCGUUUACAAACGAUGAUGAGGAAAGCACCGUUCGCUCCCAUGAUCAAAUCGAUGCAAGUAUUUUCUAUAAAGCAUUACGCUCUUCAGAUGCUCGAUCUGAGUCGCCACUGGAUGUCUUGCAACCACGACUACUGAAUGCACAACUGUUCCCUUUCCAGAGAGAAUCAGUGCGCUUCUUGCUCGAACGAGAGGGCAAGACACUCGUACAGGAAAUGAAAGAUGAUACCGCAUCCCUUGUUCCGAUUUCAAGAGCAGACCGACAGAAUCUGGGCCUCUUCUGGCGUCAGAUAGCUCCAGAUUUAUACUUUAACUCUUUCGCGGGUGCAAUCACAUCGAAUCAUGCUCUGACACAAGUAGACGAUACCCAUGGCGGAAUCCUGGCAGAAGAGAUGGGCCUUGGAAAAACAGUUGAGAUUUUCGCUUUGAUCUUACUGAACGGAGACGAAAGAAGAUCAGAAGAAGCAGCAUAUUUCGAUCAUUCUCUCGAAGUUGAGGUCUUUCCCACCAAAACGACUUUGAUUGUGGCACCUGAAGUCUUGCGUCAACAGUGGCUUGAUGAAGCAACAUUACACACGCCUGAAUUGAGAGCUUUUAGCUAUUUGGGAUACAAAGAAGCGAACAAGGAAAUUCCAGAUGGCAAGACUUGGCCUGAAUUUGCCAGAACAUUCGACAUUAUUGUUGUUUCUUUUGACACACUUCGUAAAGAGUUGGUAGUCGCUCGAAAAGAACCACAGCGAUCAAGACGAUUUGAGCGCAAAUAUGAAAGGCCUAGAAGCUUGCUCAUCCAGCUAGCCUUUCAUCGAGUGGUGAUGGAUGAAGUUCAAUUGGUCGGGCAUGCUUCAGCGGCUGAGACUGUCUCGAUGAUUGCUCGUAAUUACAGUAUAGCUGUCUCAGGUACGCCUUUCAAGCAAAUGUCGGAUAUUCAUUCCUUGUUCAAAUUCUUGAGGGUUCCAGGCCCAAUUCACAGUAAUCCUUAUUGGCAACGGUUAUUGCAGCCGAGUAUGAUUUCCACGCUCAUGACAGCGAUGGGAAGGCUGGCUGUGAGACAUACCAAAAGUCAAGUUCGUCAAGAGAUGGCAUUACCUGAACAAACAAGGGUUUUGGUUCCCGUUCACUUUACUGCAGUCGAGUCUACGUUUUACCGCGACAUUUAUCAAAAACUUUUAUCGUCAAUCGGUAUAGAUUCUUCCAACUUUGCUUCUCGCAAGGAACUUUUACGACAUGUUUACUCAACUUACGGUGAAGAUGUUGGGCAACUUCGUACCACCCUUUUGGCAUUGCGCCAAGCAUGUACCCAUCCUCAAAUCGCUGGCUCUGGUGUGCGAGGUACGGCACUGGCAGCUUCGCAAACGAUUCGAAGUAUGGAAGAAGUUUUGACAAUCAUGAUUGAAGGAUCACGAUCUGAAUUUGAUUCAAUCUGGCAUUCUCUCAUUCAGAAGCGUAUCGAUCGUGCAGUAUUGAUGCUUCAACGUAAAGAAGAUGAUGGAAGACACGAUAUUGCAAAAGCUAUGUUGAUGGCAGUGCAAGAAGAUGUUAAGAAUAGAAUAGACGCCGUCAAGCUGAACCUGGAAAAUGCAAAAAGGGUAGGACCUCUGUACAAAUUUUCAAAAGCCGAGCUUGCUGACUUGCGAAACAUGGACUUUGGCACUGACGGAGAUGUCGAAAUGACGCCACUUGACAACCAAAAAGAAGCAGAUGCCAGGCUUCCGAUUGACAGAGACAGGGAAGUGGAAUUGAGCGAAAAGCGUAUGCAACGUAGACGUCAUAUGACUGCCUUACAACAACGAUUGCGUAAUUAUCUUGAACAGUAUCAUCGUUGUCAUCAUUUCUUGGGAAACAUCUAUUUCCAGAUGGGCGAAAAGAUAAGGGAAACGGCUACCCAAAUUGAACCUGCCGAAGACGGACGACAAGAGGAAGCCGUCAAAGUGCAUGAUAGCGCCACAUCUAUCCUACAGCAAACGGACGCUAAGCUUGAUGCGCUCAAGAAACAGGAGGAUGAAUCUUAUGACAAGGCGGAAGAUGUUCGUCAAGAAUUACUGAAAGAUCGACGCAAAGCGGUGGAACAAGCACUUUCGACUUGUGUAUCAACAGCUCUAGACUUUGGCAUUGAAGAUCUAUAUGGUCAAGAGAAUUUUGGUAUUGGCGGCAUAAAAAGCAGCUCUCAAUUUGAUCAAUUGAAAAGGUUACAAGACAGGCUCAACGCCCAAAGUGACGUCAUCUUUGAAUGGAGAGAAAAGAUUCGUAAACGUCUGGAAAAGCCUGUGAACAGAGUCGUUUCCGCAGAAGAUGAGAAUGAUGAUCAAUAUCAAGAAAAUUUGGACGCUCAAGCAGAAGCUGAAGCAUUGUUAGAAAUGUACAGGGUCCUGUUGAGUGAACGUGAAUUCAUGUUGACGAACGUAAGGAUUGAAGGUACUUUAGGUCGGCCACAACUUUAUGCACAACUCGAACGUGAAGUGCCGCAAUAUGAACGAGCCCAACGUAGAAUUAUGUUACAACAAGCAAGCGGAACAGAAGUGGUACGAAACGAAGUGUUUGCUGAUGAUUGGCUGCCAUCAGAACAAGAGAUUGGCGUUAUGAGACAGCAACUAGAUCAUCUUCGUCAAUUGGAAAUUCAAAAGAAUCGCGUUUCCAUCUCUCGCGAAGCACAACGAGCAGGUAUGCGAUCUCGUGCUCAUCGAGUUCAACAAGAUCAAGAAUCAGGAGAAAUUGCAAAUAGAACAGAUGAAGAUUUAUUUGAAUUUUCAGACCUUCAACCUUUUGAGCUUAUCUUGAAAGAUAUGCGCGAAAUUGUCCAAUCGAUCGAUGGUCGUGAAGAAGUGAUGAUCAUUCGGAUGGGAAUUGAUCAAACGCGAAAGAUGAUUGCAAACCAGAAAACUUUGUUAGAGAAGAUGAAGAAAGAGAGUGCAACAUUUUCAGCUGCAUGGAAUGCAAGAGCAGCCUACUUUAAACAAAUACAAGAUUUGAGUGAUCAAGUUGCCGAUAUUAUCUUGAGUGGUAACAUGAGUAUUCAAGAACGUCUGGGUAACUUUGAACGUGAAGAAGCAACUUUGAAAAGACGUCAAGAGUUAUGCGCAGGAAGACUGAGAUACUUGUGUGCAAUUGAAGAAGAAGAGGGAGAAGAAGAUGAGGAUGAUCGAGAUUCACACCCAAUCACGAGCACGCCAGAAGAAGGCAGAGAAGACGAUAAUGCAGCAAAGCGAGGCAGAAACUGUCCGAUCUGUACAGAGCCAAUGGUAAAAGCAAUCGUUCUGGAUACUUGUGGACAUGUAGUAUGCGAAUCUUGCCAUUUGCGUUGGACUGCUUUACGUGGCCAAUGUCCAAUGUGUAAAGCUCAAGUGAAUCUACGAAAUGUCUAUCGAGUCACGUACGGACAAAAGGGUAAAAAGCGUCAAAGAGACCAACCAGGAUCCGAUAAGGAUAUAUUGCAGAGAAAGUAUUUCAAUGUGAUCGAUGACACAAGCCUGCUUGCCAUUCAACGAAUGCCAAUUCGCAGUACUCUGGGAAGCAAAUUGGAUCUAUUGACCCGGCAUCUCUUAUACAUCGAAUCCACAGAACCUGGAACUAAAUCGCUGAUCUUUACGGCUUUUUCUCGUGGUAUCAACUUGGUUGGAGAUGCUCUUCGAUUAAACGGGAUCAAAUUUGUCACUUUGGAUCAAGGCGGAGUCCGUGGAGGAAGGAUAAUUGAUCAUUUCAAGAAUGAUGCAGAUACGAAUGUUUUGCUUUUGCAUUCUGAAGCUCAAAGUAGUGGCUUGAAUCUGGUUUGCGCUCAAAAUAUUUUCCUUUUAGAGCCUUUAGUCAAUCAUGCAUUGGAAUUACAGGCAAUCGGUCGAGUACAUCGAAUUGGCCAAAUGAAAACUACAACUGUGUUUUGUUAUCAAGUGAUCGAUACAGUAGAACAGAGGAUUGUCAAUUUGGCAAGAAAGAGACACCAAUCAUUGUUCACUCGUGAGCAUUGUGUCUCGAACGAUCUCAAAGAUUCCGCGGAGUUGGUUGCCAAAGCUCAAGAGAGCAAAAGUCAACAAAAAGGAUUCGUUCUCAAUGGUUCAAGAAAGGAUAAAGAGGGAGAAUAUGUUGCUCAAUUGGUCGAUGUGAUUACUUGCUUAUUCGGCGAUGAAGAAGAGCAUGAAGCCGAACAGCGAGGCGGACAUCAAACCACUCUCACGAAUGCAAAUGCCGCUUCUGGCUCUUCAUCAACAGCGGAUACCUCCGCACAGCAGAUCGAUAUCUCUUCACCGCCCACUCCUGCUUUUAAUGCUGAUGCUGUGCAAUCGACACAUGCUUCUAAUGCUGAUGCUGUGCAAUCGCAUAUGGAAAGUCUACGUCAACAAAGAUUGUUAGCCAUUGAAAAACGACGUCAUGAUCAAUCCCAAGGAUGAGCAUUGCGCAAUGCACGCUCCCGUCCAUGUACAUCACACCCUAAUCAGAUUCAAACUUAUUUACAUACCCCUACCCAUAGACCUUAUGUAUAUAGAGGCGCGCCCUUUUUUUGGUUGUUUUUUCAUGCGAUUGAAUUCAUGUAUUAUUUUUUCAUCAAAUGAGAAAAGCGGCGGUGCGGGCGCCGCGUCACGCCAUGUAAUGCCAC